GAUUAAAUAGUCAAAUAUGUAUAAUGUAUGUAUAGUUUGAUAGGCACACCUCUUCAGGGAUAUUGAUAAAGAAAUUUUGAUUGAAAUAGGUAUAUUGUAAAACGUCAUUCAGUGGGGGCAUUCCAAUGAUCAAUCGAUUAGUUUUCAGCCAAUAAGUGUUUCAUACACCUGUAAUAAUAAACAUAUAAUACAAUUUCAUAAUAUUAUUUCCUAGUGAAAAGUUCCUAAUUUAUUUGAUUAUCUAAUCGAAGGACAAUAUUUGUAAUCCUAUAAUCUAUAUUAAGAACAAAAAAAAUAUUUUCUUUUUAUUACAAUAUCUAAAAGCUGUAUUUUUGUCAUGUAUUUGAGUUAAUUAUGCCUAGGCUACAGUGGACAUUUAAAUCAAAUCAUAGUUCUGUAGAACUAUUACCAUUGUCACUGAGCUAUAAUGUGAGCAGAAGCUAUGGAAGCAUUUUAAGUUAUUUUCAUUUUUUGAAAAGAAUCAAUGGCGAUACCCAGAAUUUGCACACUAGUGAUUCAAUGGUGUCGUUAUGCUACAGAGCUCUACAUAAUUACAUCUCAGAAAAUAAUUUAGAAGGUCUUCAAGGAUUUCUUGAAAACCGCCGUGUUCUUGUAGACGAUCGUGACGAUAAUGGAGCUACGGCUUUACAUUAUGCUGCAGUUAAAGGGAAAUUACAAUUUCUUAGAGAGCUUAUUAAUCAUGGAUCAGAUGUGAACAUUGAAGAUAAUGAUAAUUGGACAGCACUGAUUUGUGCUGCCAAAGAAGGCCAUACUGAUAUAUGCGCUGAAUUAUUAGAUCAUGGAGCAGAUAUUGAACACCGGGAUAUGGGUGGGUGGACGUCACUUAUUUGGUCUAGUUACUGUGGAUACACUAACUUGGCUAAUUUGUUAUUGGACCGAGGGGCUGACAUAAAUGCUCAUGGAAAUUUUCAUAUUACUGCAUUAGUUUGGGCUGCAGGUAGAGGACAUACAAAGUUGGCCUGUAGUUUAAUAGCACGUGGUGCUAAAGUCAAUGUUGGUGACAAGUAUGGGACUUCUGCAUUAGUAUGGGCAUGUAGAAAAGGCGAUGUAGAACUCGUUGAUUCAUUGUUAAGAGCUGGAGCUAAUGUUGACACUGCAGGAAUGUACUCAUGGACUCCAUUAUUAGUAUCUUCGAUGGGUAAUCACACCGAAGUAGUAAACCUACUCCUUGAACGUAAGCCAAAUGUCAAUGCUUUAGACCAAGAUGGAUGUACUGCUUUAACAAUUGCUUGUAAAGAAGGAUAUUAUGAUAUUGCUAAUUCUCUUUUAAAUGCUGGAGCUUAUAUCAAUAUACAAGAUCGUAGUUCAGAUACUAACCUUAUACAUGCUGUCAAAGGAGGACAUCGAAAUAUCGUGGAAGCACUUCUUAAAAAAUAUGCUGAUGUUGAUGUUAUGGGAAAAGAACGGAAAACUGCAUUGUAUAUUGCUAUAGAAAAAGGAAAUACAGCAAUAAUUAAGUUAUUACUUGGUGCAAAUCCUGAUUUAGAAAUUUCAACAAAAGAUGGUGAUACGCCUUUGAUGCGAGCUGUUAGAAACCGUAAUGCUGAAGCUGUUCAACUUUUAAUUGAAAAGCGUGCUCGUGUACCAGCUACAGACAAACGUGGAGAUACUGCAUUACAUAUUGCUAUGAGAGCUAGGGCUAGAGGAAUUGUUGAAAUUUUGUUAAGAAAUCCUAAAAACAGCCAGCUUUUAUACAGACCAAAUCGAGCAGGUGAAACACCAUAUAAUAUGGAUGUCAAUGCUCAAAAGCCUAUUCUUAGUCAAAUAUUUGGUUCGAGACGUCUUAAUACUAAUGAAGAUAAUGAAAAUUUACUGGGAUACGAUCUUUACAGCAGUGCACUGGCUGAUAUGCUUAGUGAACCUACUUUAUCAAUGCCAAUUACUGUUGGGUUAUAUGCUAAGUGGGGUAGUGGAAAAUCAUUUCUACUUAAUAAAUUAAGAGAGGAAAUGAAAAAUUUUGCUCAUCAAUGGACAGAUCCAUUUUUUCAAUUCCCGUGGCUAAUAUUGGGUGUGGCACUUCACUUUUGUUUCAUUGCUGGUACUGUGGUUGUAGUCCUGUCAUCGUCAUCACUCAUUGCAAUUAUCACAACAUUUAGUUUAUUAACUAGUAUAUUUUUCUUCCUGAUAAUGGUAUACUAUGGCAGCCAUAGACUUGAUUGGGCUUAUAAUUGUAUCAGCUAUUUGAGCCAAAAAGCAGUUACAGCCCGAAUAAUUCUACAAAUAAUAUUUUGUCAUCCACCUGGUUCAAGUUGGGGGACAUCAGUUACAGCACAACCUAUUAGAUUUUAUUUUACUGACCAAACUCGUGUAAGUAGUACAACACCUGGGGAAAGUACGAUUAUUCAAAUGAUAGGUUCAUUAUAUGAUUCAAUAGAAAAAGAUUUUGGAUCAAUUUCUACCCGCUUAUAUAGAGCUUUUCGUCCAAAACCUGUAAAACUUACUUCACCUUGGAAAUGGCGCAAAUUAUGUUGCAUGCCAAACAUAAUACUAUUUGAAAUGUCAUUUCUAUGUGUUUUAUUAGUAACACUUAUUAUUGCUAUGAACAAUGGUACAAGUUUUAUGAAUGAUCUUUCAAUUGACAAAGCUAUUGGAAAUGUUAUACUAUUUUGUUGUGGGAUGUUCAUUUUAUUACUAUUGAUAGGAAAUUUAUAUACAUUCAGUCAAUUACUACAGUCAUUAGUGUUCUCACAACGUAAACAAUUAAGGAGAGCGACAUCAAGAUUAGAUACAUUAAAAUCUGAAGGAUUUAUUCAAGCAUUACGGACUGAAGUGAAUUUAAUGACAGAAAUGGUGCGUUGUUUGGAUGCAUUUACUCAACAGCAAACUAGAUUGGUAAUAAUUAUUGAUGGUUUAGACUCAUGUGAACAGGACAAAAUAUUACUGCUUUUAGAUGCUGUACGGAUGUUAUUUUCAGAACAAAAUACUCCUUUUAUAGUUGUUUUAGCUAUUGACCCCCAUGCAAUUUCUCAGGUAAUUGAACUCAAUAGUCGACGAUUACUAAGUGACAUGAAUUUUUCUGGACAUGAUUAUCUUAAAAAUAUGGUUCAUUUGCCAUUUUUUCUUCAAAAUUCUGGUUUACGUAAAGUAAAAUUAGCUCAAAAAUCAUCUCAAUCUCAUCGUAAAAGUGUUACAAAUCAAAUGGAUGAAUGUGGAUUGGUACAUUCGGCUUCAACACGGCGAUUAUCUAACGAGUCCACAACUUUAAAACCUACAAUGGGUUCUUCUGGUGGACUUAGUCGAAGCAAAGGCAACAUCAAUUCUACAAGGAAUAAAUUAAAAUCCAGUGAAAGUAUUGCAAGUAGCAUAGCUAGCAACAUACAUAGAUUAGGUGGUCCACAAGAUCUUUCUAAAAUUUUGUUGACUGAUGACUAUUUUAGUGAUGUAAAUCCUAGAAGUAUGAGACGUUUAAUGAAUAUUGUUUAUAUUACAGGCCGUUUAUUAAAAGCAUUUCAGUUGGAAUUUAAUUGGUAUCAUUUAGCUAGUUGGAUAAAUAUUACAGAACAAUGGCCUUAUAGAAUAUCUUGGAUGAUUAUUUUUCAUGAUACUAAUGAGGAUACUAUUGAUGAUUCCAUGUCACUAAAAACUUUAUAUGAAAAGGUACGUCGUCAAAUACAAUUCUCUAAAGACAUUGAUCCAUUAAUGGAGAUGGACAAAGAUGAGAAAAAAUUUGAAAUUUUUCUUUCUUUCCACCGAACAACAUUAUUGGUUAGCGAUCUAAGAAUUUUCUUACCAUUUACAAUCAAUCUGGAUCCAUAUUUAAGAAAAGUUAUUAAAGAUGAGAUGCAAAACUCUGAAGAUUCCACUAUUUUUAGGCCAACAAUAACACACAAUGAACUACAAACACGGAGAGUUCAAAAUCAACUUAUGAGAAGACAGAAAAUGGGAGCUAAACUAUCACUUCAACAAGAAACUUUACCAACGUCAUUGAUGUUAAAUGAACCACAAUCAGCCGUAUUGUGGAAUCAACAACAAGUUCAAAAUCGAUGGCAUACAACUUACGAUGAAUUACCAAACCAACUUCAAAAUUUUUCCAUUUCAUCAUUAUCCGAUGAAUUUAACAACAUUAAACUGUCAUCCUUAAGUGUAGAUGACACUUGUAAGUUGUUAACAAGGAUUAGAGAUUUGCAAGAGUCAAACAUUCCAAAAUAUACACAAAUAAUCAAAGAUAAUAAUCUUACUGGUUGUGUACUCUUACAUUGCAAUUUAAACGAACUAAAAAAUGUAUUAAAAAUGAACUUUGGAGAUUGGGAACUUUUCCGUAUAGUUUUAUUAGCAUUGAGAGACAAAGAGUACUUAAUAAAUAAUGAAACCAACAGUAAUAUUAAUUUUAAACACACAAGAUCGGGUAGCUCUAAAAAUCAUUCGCAUGAAAGAAGAGGAUCUUCUAAUAAUAACAAUAAUGUGCAAGGAACUUUAAACGAUAAAGAUCAGAAAGGGUCAAAAGUGUCAUCAGUUGAAAAACAAGUAACAUUAGAAGAACAAAUGAUUUGUGGUGCAUUACAAACUCUUAACGAAGAAGCAUGUGAAGAUGUUCUAGAAGAAUCUGAAGAACAAGGUACCAUAGCAGCAGCUACCUAUUUACAAGUACCACACCAGCCUAUCGACAUAAUUACAGGUGAUGGGUCCGUUUGUAGUACAACUUCGAGUAACGAUAAUGGAGGAGAUGUUGAUGCAUUUUUACUUCAGAAUUCACCUCAUCAUAGUAUUGUUCAAUAUCCAGCAUUUCAAUAUGAGGGAAACAAUUCUGUUUCAGCAAAUUCUUUGAACAAUACUCCAAUUGCUUCUAGAAAAAAUCUUAUUGAUUAUAAAACAUGUAUUGUAACAACAACUACUGAAAAAGCAGGUAAACCAUAUUUGCUUAAAUCCAUUAAAAGACCAGCAUCAUUAGUAAUGAACAGGCUUGAUGAUGCAGACAUAAUACCGGAAACAAAAAAUUCUGUACAAACUAGCGGAAUUGUAAAACAAGGUAUUGCAGGCUCAGUUGGUAUGUUAAGUUGCUUAGUAGCUAGUACAAGUUGGGUGCAACAACCUCCCGCGGUCACUAUAUCACCAGUUUGCAGCAAUGAAAAAUUACCAACGAGUCCACCACAAGAUACAAAUCAUUCUUCAGCAGUCUGUGCGACUGCAAGCAGUGAUGAUGAAAGUACUCCUUUAGUGUCAGAUAUGUCUUCACCACAAUCUGACCACUUACAAUCAAAUACUGACCGAUCAGACAAAGUGUAUACAUUUAAUGGCAUGUACUAUAAAGAAAACUCUCAACAUUCUUUGACUUCUCAAUUAUCUUCAAAGAGUACUGAAUCUUUGCAAUUGAGAUCUGAAGGUGGAGGUUGUUCAUUUGAUGAAGAUAUAGAUCUUCUUCGUGGCAUUAAUAGCAUACAAUCUGGAUCUAGGAGAGUAUCAUUUGACAGCGAUAUCAGCAUAUUAGGCCAUCCGUAUGACUGGAACGAUCCUGAAACUAUGGUGUAAAUACUAAAUACUAUAGUAUGAUUGAAUUACAAACAUGUUAAUCCUAUUUGACUAUAUUGUAAUACAUAUUUCAUUUUAAGCUCAUUUACAUUCUAAUUUAAAUUAUUUUAUGUUAGUUUUUUUUUUAAAUAUUACUAAUUUUAUAUUUUAAUUUAGUGUUCAUAUUUUUCAAAUGCCUAACUUUAAAAUUUUUAUUUUCGUAUGGCACAAAUAAUAUUCAUAUUACACAACUUAAAAUUUUUUAUUUCAGUACUGCACACAUAAUAUUCAUACUACACUACCAAAAACAUUUAAUUCAAUUUAUUAUUUAUUUAUUAUUUUAUUCAACUAUACUUUAAAAGUUUAAAUUCUGUAAAGAAAUCAUUGAUGUAGCCUUAAAGAAACAUUUGUAGAACUGUCUUAGCAAAUGUUAUUUUUGAGGCUAAAUUAAAAAAUAUUUAUUUAUUGUCAUUUUGUACAAUAUAAACAUAUUAGAAUUUUUUUAAAUUGGUAUUUUACAUUCAUAAAUUUAAAUAAUGAAAAAUUUCAGUUCACCAGAAAUAAUGAUUUUAUUGUUUGAAAUUUUAAUUUAAAAACUUAAAAUAAAAAUAUUGGAACAUUUAGUAGAUACAAUUGAGCAAAUGAAAAGUAUAUUUUAUCAACUUAUCAACUGUAAAUACCAUCAAAUAUUAAAAUGUUAUUAUAACUUCCAACAAGAAAUAAUAAUGAAGUAUGAAACUAAAAACCAUAAUUCAUUAUUAAGAUUGACAUUCUUUUUAAAUAGAAAUUAUUAUAACUUAUAUUGAUUGUGAUUAGAUUAAAUAUUCCUUUAAAUAAUGUAUGUGCCUAGUAUACAAAUUUAAUUUUAGGUUUAGUAUACGUGACUAAACUGCUAUACUUCAAAUGUGUAUAAUCGUAAUGAACCAAUUAUAUCUGUUUAUUUUUUUAUAUCUACUAAAUAUAUAUAAAUUUAUAUAUGUAUAUAAUUACAUUAUGACUAUAGACACGUUUUAAAAAAAAGAGUUUUCAUAUUGUUUUUCUUAAUUGAUCAAUUUUUUUAGAUAAUUUACUAAAAAUUAGUAAAAGUUAAAAUCUUUUAUGAUUAUUGGGAUAUUUUUACAAACCUUUCACAUUUAUAAAAUACUUAUAGUUACUUAAUAAUAAUUUAUUCUGCAAUAUCAAAUUCAAUCAUUUAAACAUUAAAAUAAUACUCUAGACUGUCUUAGUAUUAGAUUAUAUUCCAU